AUGAUGAAAGUGAAGAAUCCGAAUAUAAAGGUGGCUUUCUUGAACUUUUUGGAAUGGCAUGGAGAUCGACAUCCGGAUGUGGGAAGAGUAAUAUUACGUCAUGCUCCACAAAAUGAUAUGAUGAUUUGUCCAACAAUUCAAAAAGAGAUUGUGGAAGCUUGUGCUAAAGAAACAACUAAAGCUAUUAUUGAAGAUUUGGAUGGUGAUUAUUUUGCAAUAUUAGUUGAUGAAUCAAAGGACGUCUCACAUAAGGAGCGAAUGGCCUUAAUUUUGCGAUAUGUCAACAAAAAUGGAAUGGUGAUAGAGCAAUUCUUGGGUAUUGUCCACGUGAGUGAUACUUCUUCCUCAUCAUUACAAAAAGCAAUUUAUUCUUUGCUUUUGGAUCAUUUUUUAAGUAAAUCCAAGAUACAUGGACAAGGUUAUGAUGGAGCUAGUAAUAUGCAAGGAAAAAUAAAUGGUCUCAAGUCUUUAAUUUUACAAGAUACUCCAUCUGCAUAUUGUAUUCACUGUUUUUCUCAUCAAUUGCAACUAGCACUUGUAGCUCUUUCUAAAAAGCAUUCGGAUGUGGAUAAUUUAUUUUAUGUUGUGACUAAUGUUUUGAAUACUAUUGGGUCUUCAUUUAAGCGCAUGGAGUCACUUCGACAACAUCAAGCAGACAAGUUGGAAGAGUUGCUUAAAUUUGGAGAAGUCUAUACGGGGCAAGGUUUGAAUCAAGAACGCGGCCUCCAACGACCGGGUGAUACUCGUUGGGGGUCUCAUUUUAAAACCUUGGACAAUUUGAUGGUUUUAUUUCCUUCAAUUGUUAAUGUGCUUAAAGAUAUGAAGCGUGACUGUCCAUAUCAUCUUGAUAGAUUUGCAGUGGGAAAUCUUUUGAGCCAAAUUCAAGAAUUUGGAUUUAUUUUUAUGUUGCACUUGAUGUUUAAGGUGUUGUUAUUUACAAAUGAAUUGAACAAUUCUUUACAAAAGAAAGAUCAAGAUAUUGUUAAUGCUAUGAGAAUGCUUGACCUUGCAAAGGAAAGGUUGCAAAUGAUGAGAGAAACUGAAUGGAAUUCUUUGUUGGAUGAGGUGUGCUCAUUUUGUAGUAAACAUGAUAUUCUAAUUACCAAGAUGGAUGAUGACUAUACUCUAGGAAAGUCAAAGCGUAAGAGUUUGAAUCCGGUUAAUUCAUUUGCUAAUUUUGAUAAGGACAGGACAAUGAAGUUGGCAGGGUAUUAUGCUAGUGAGUUUGGUAAUAACAAGCUUCAGAACUCGAAGGAAUGGGCCUCUGGGCCACCGACUCAGUCUACACUACGCGAAUGCGAGGGAGAAGCUGCGAACGCGAAAGAGGAAAGGGCAGAGCUACGCGAUCAUGAGUCAAUCCAUGCGAUCGCGUUUAAGGAAUUGGGCCCUCCUCCAGAUUGCUCUAUGCGAUCGCGUGAGCGGGGACACGAUCGCAAAGAAGAAAAUGGUCUGCAACAGUUGAAGAGAAUUUCUGCAAUUUCUCAUAACUCCAAAAUGCUCCGUUGA